CCAGAUUAAAUAUUAAAUAUAGUGAAUCAAUGCUAGUACUAUAAAACAAAUGGCGAAAACCCCUGAAACUAAAAGCCGCCAUAAAAUGUUACACACUCAUAACCCCCCACUUGCCUAUAAAAACAUGAACACAUUGGUGAAAUACAUUGAGCAAAGUAUUCUACACCACCAAAAAAAGAUGUCUUUGCAUCCAAACAAUGCCACUGAUGACAUUAACUUUGAUGGUGAAAGCUUCCACAAUUUUUUUGAGUGUUGGCUAGUUGAACAAAACCAACACCUGAAUGAACUUGUAGCAGCAAAAUCAUCUCAACCUCAGCUCGCAAUUGACAGAAUGCAUACGCUGAUUGAUAAAGUAGUUGAACAUUAUCAGUUUUACUACAAGGAAAAAUCAAGGUAUGCAAAAAAAGAUGUGUUGUCCAUGUUUUCACCAUCAUGGAUAAGCUCUUUAGAAGAGGCUUUUCUUUGGAUUGGUGGUUGGAGACCAAGCAUGGCAUUUCACUUAGUAUAUUCUAAGUGUAGUAUGCAAUUUCAAGCAAGGUUGAAUGAUCUUAUUCAAGGACUUAAAACAUGUGACUUGGGAGAUCUCUCAUCAUCUCAACUAGCUGAGUUUGAUGAUUUGCAAAAGAGGACUAUAAAAGAGGAGAGGGAAAUAACUGGUUUAAUGGCUGAACAUCAGGAAACGGUUGCCGAUGCUCCCAUGGUGGAGUUGUCACAUGUUGUUUCUGAGAUUAUUAGAGAUGAUAACCAAAUAGGAGAAGAGAAUGAGAAGAAGUUGGAAGAGAGAAUUGAAUCAACUCUGGAACCAAAGGUUGAAGGUUUGGAGAAGAUACUGCAUAGAGCUGAUGAUUUAAGGUUGAGAACAUUGCAGGGAAUUGUUAGUAUUUUGACUCCACAACAAGGGAUUCAUUUCUUGAUUGCUGCUGCAGAGCUGCACCUGAGGCUGCAUGAGUGGGGCAAGAAGAUGGAUGAUGCCAAAAGGGGUAAUAGGGAGAGUGAAAGCAAUGGUUCAUGACAGCAGCAAUUAAUUGGAUUCAAUCAAUAGGAAAAAUGGAUGUUGCAUUACCUUGGACUUUAUGUUGAUGUGAUGUUUAUUAUGACUGAGAUGAAGAAAAAUAAGGACACUUAAGGUAGGAAACUGAUUAAAUCAUUCCUUUUUAGUUCUCACAGUUUUAGAAAAAGAGGCCCAUGAUCUGAAACAGGGGUCCUAGUUUAGGUUUCAACUUUUGUUCAAUUUCAAAUUAGACAAUCAAAAACAUGUUUGAUUAGUCCACUCAUUCACAUUUUUUACAAUGGCAAUCUUUGCAUUUAUAUUCAUAAGAGGCCAUUUGAAUUUGCAAGCAAAUUUCCUCUUUAUUUUAUUUUAUUACAAAAGCAAAUGUCUUCUAUUGCAAGAAUGCUUGGUCAAUUUACACAGCAGUUGCCUCGCUGCUACAACGUUACAAGUGUAUAACUUUACUCCCUAGUAACAUUUGUCUGUUAGAAGUUAUUUGACUGUGAUGCAUCAUAAAUCAUAAUGCGUGCCCGUGAUAUUUUGAAUAUUAAGAACUUUGUUGAAGAAA